GCCCUCUACAUUCGUAUGAAGCUGUUUACAUGUCCGUCAGCGUAGUCAAGAAGGUUUUUGAGAAUACAACCCUAAUCAGCAAUAUCUCUGGGAUGCCUGGUGUUUUGAAGUCAUGGUUUGAUUGAGGUGGCUACUGCUAGGACAAGGACGUCCCCCUGAGUCAAGCACUAUGGCAUCAACAGAGGACAAGGGACAAGACAGGACUCUGGGGACCCGGGUGAGCAACCUGUUCCAGCUGUUGGAGAAGACAUUAGGGAAGUCCAGCAAGAAGCAGACAGUUGAAGAUCUGCAGCAGAUCAAGUAUGUCACCACCAAGUUGCACCAGAUCGUCACAGGACAAGACAAGCUGCACCGGGACUUGAUACUGAAGCAGUCCAGCAAUGUUGACAUCUUGGUGGCUACACUACAGAAUACAUCAGAUGAUCAGGUCAUAGCAGGGGUAGUUGGUAUUCUCAUCGAACUGGUCGGAAAAACUCAGGUAGGAAAGCGGGCCAGUCUCCUGGUCAACCAUGGAGUGACCUCAGUCCUCUUCCAGAUCCUCAAGAUGGCAGCACAGGACAUGACAUUGGCUGAUGACCUCCUCAUGAAUAUUCAUAUGGUGCUCAGCAGGAUUGGACAUAAAGAUCGUAAGUUUGCUGUGAAGGCUCGGUUGAACAAAGUGCUGUUGUUGACGCUGAGUCUCAUCAAGAGCAACAGCUCCAGCUUCCGCAACCUACAGUGUCUACUACAGGUCUUCAAGCUGUACACUAACAACAGUGUAAAUGCAUCCUACCUAGGCAAACACAGUUCCAUCACUGUCAUGUUCAAAGUUUCCUCCCUUUGUGGAAGGAAGCACACUGCUGUUCUCAAGCUUGCCCUGGAUAACCUGAACAACCUCACCAAAUCAAAAAGCAAUUCGGCAAGAACUAUUGGCAUGGGAGGAGUUCCCACAGUGUUGUCUCUCUACACGGACUGGCAUCAGACAGACAGCAAACACAGACACAUCAACCUCAGGAAGGCUGUGCUCAACAUCCUCAAGAACAUCACCAACCUCAAAUCUGGCAGGAAGGCGUUUGUGGAAUCUGAGGGUAUCCGGGUGCUGUAUGAGACUUCCCAGGAGGUGAUCGACUGUCGUGAGAUGGAGAGUCUUAUCUUGCUGGCCAGUAUCAUCAUGAGGAAGUGCUGUCCGCGGAACAAACUGCCCAUCGCUGACGUGCAGAGUUGUGUGUCCUACCCGCUGCCGGCAUCUGAUUUCCAUGUCCCAGAAUGCUGCCUGUCUGAUGAGCAAGCAUUUGGUACUGUGCCAAGUCAAGAAGAAAGUGAUCAUAGCUCAAUGGAUGAUGAUGAUGAUAUUGAUAGUGAUGAUGAAAGAUUCCGAACUGAUCACUCAGAUGAGCCUGAUGAGGAGCAGGGGGAUGGACUGGAACCAAUGAUACAAAGAUCAGCGGAAGACCUCCGAAUGUAUGACAAGUUCUUUCCUGAACUAUUCGAAUAUGAUUUUGAGACUCCAGGUGGAAAACCCCUGAGUUCAGUGGUGAUUCCCACUGCUGCCUCAGAACCAAUGUUCCUCAGUGCAUAUAACAAUUACCAAGACAUUGCUUGCCGCCGAGUCAAGUCCUCCUCCAAUAUCAGUGACAGUUAUGGCCGGACAUCACACAGACCUCUUGGUACUAGUGAGUCUGACACAGCCAUGAGUCGGAUAAGCAACCAUCAUCCUGAUGUAGAACGGGACAUCAGCUUUGGGCGGUAUGGGCCCUUCCAGGCCAAUGAAACUGCUACAGCAGUGAAUGUGAAAACCGGUGCCAGUGUUUUUUCUCUGGAUCUUCAAAUACCAAAUAGUAACAAACCCUUGCCAAAAUCUGCCCAGUCCUCGCAAAGGCCUUCCAAAAAGCUAAAAAAUUCUAAAAAGUCCCAAACAACAAAAGAAAAGAAAUCAAAACGAAGCAAAUCGGAGCCUGAAUUCACAGAGGCUCUGUCUAUCACACCAAUUUCCACACCCCAUGACUAUCUGGAGGACUAUGAUCGCCCCAUGUCAUCCAGCAGUGAUGAUAUAGAUGAAUAUGACUUGAUAUAUGACCCCAGGGUUCAUAGUCAUUUAGCCUCAGCAACAAAAAGUGCCUUUAGAUUUGAGAAACUGGCUUACCCAGACCUCCAUGGUGCCAAAGCAAUGCCUCUACCUGAGAAUCUCUAUAACAGAAAGUUUGGUGUGCAGAGAGCCAAAGUAUUUGAGGACAUUGAUAGAAUGAUCCAUCCUGACUACGUAAUCGACCGUGUGGUGUACAACAUGGAUGUUGCUGUGUCCGAUGCUACAAGAGACAGUAAGGAGAACUCUAACCUGGCCAAUAGAGACGAGCUCAGGAUAGGUAGACAGGACAUGACCAGUAGUGCCUUACGAUUUAACUCUCAGUUUGAGAGUGGAAACCUCAGGAAAGUCAUUCAGGUACGUGAAUAUGAGUACGACUUGAUCCUUAAUCCCGACGUCAACACAAACCAUCAUCAUCAAUGGUUCUACUUUGAAGUGAGCAACAUGGUUGCAGACAUGCCGUACCGCUUCAACAUUGUCAACUGUGAAAAACUCAACAGCCAGUUCAACUCAGGCAUGAAGCCGGUGAUGUACUCUGUGACUGAUGCUGUGGAAGGCCGUGGGUUCUGGAAGCGAGUGGGAACAGAGAUCUGCUAUUACAAGAACCACUUCAUCCGCAGUGGCCUCACGACUGGCGGCGUGAAGGGCAAAUCAUACUACACCGCUACCUUCACUGUCAAGUUUAAACACAGUCGGGAUAUCUGCUAUCUGGCCUACCACUACCCAUACACCUACACCACUCUCAUGACCCACCUGUUCCAGCUAGAGGGGCAACUGGACACCCGACAGAUCUACUACCACAACCAGACCCUGUGUGACACAUUGGGAGGGAACGCCACCCCAGUCCUCACCAUCACCGCCCAGCCUCACACUCUCGACAGGGAGGGCAUAGAGGAGUUCAGGAGUCGCCCAUACAUUUUCUUGAGUGCUCGCGUCCACCCUGGGGAAAGCAAUGCCAGCUGGAUCAUGAAAGGUACUGUUGACUUUUUGAUGAGCAAGAGUUCACAUGCUCAACAGUUACGAGAGAAAUUCAUCUUCAAGAUUGUUCCUAUGCUGAACCCUGAUGGUGUCAUCAACGGAAAUCACAGAUGUUCAUUGGUAGCUGAAGAUUUGAAUCGUCGAUGGCAACACCCUUGUCCCCAGCUGCACCCGACGAUAUACCACACAAAGGGUUUACUUCAGUAUCUCAACAUGGUCAGCAAGACCCCCCUGGUAUACUGCGACUACCACGGACACUCACGGCGGAAGAACAUCUUCCUGUAUGGCUGUAGCCCCUCCAUGUCCUGGAUACCCAGUGAUACACAGAACCCUGCCACCACAGGCAACAGGAGUGAAGACAAUGGCUUCAAGGCUUUGCCUCGUAUCUUGCAUUCAGCUUGCCAGUCCUUCUCCAUACAGAACUGUAGCUUUGUGGUUGAGAGGGCUAAGGAGACAACUGCUCGUGUUGUGGUGUGGCGGCAAAUAGGCGUGGUGCGCAGCUAUACCAUGGAGAGCAGUUACUGUGGCUGUGAUCAAGGCAGGUAUAAGGACCUGCACAUGAACACCAAGAUGCUGGAGGAGAUGGGGCUGAAGUUCUGCGAGUCCCUGGUGAGGGUCCUCAAGACGAGCUCGGCCUUCGAGCAGAUGCCCAACCUGGAGCACAGCAUGGGUGGAGCCAACCAGGGAACUAUGGCAAGUGACGACCUCGGUGAGGAUGUCAUGUAUGAUAUCGAUGAUGACAUGAAGGCUGAGGGACAGAGUGUCCUUGACCUGGACCUAAAUGAAGAUGACAGCGAUGAGGAAGCCUACCAAGACGAUGAGGAGGAAGAGAACUAUUAUGAUGGUGAUGCCCAGUGAACCAGAGAUCACGCUGGUCAUCACCAUGUCUUGCCAUCACGACACAUCAGGGACAUAUGAAGGGCAACAGAAAUAGUGUUGUUGCUUCACUCCAUCCUGCUGGUCAGACAGAGGGCACGAGUGGCCCAGUUGUCGAAGGGUCUGCAAUUAACUGUGCGGAGUUGCAUCCCUUGGGCACACUGGCACGGGUGGCCCAGUUGUCGAAGGUGCCGCAAUUCACUGUGCUGAGUUGCAUCCCUUGGGCACCCAGGAAACCUAUUAUCAUGGGUUCGAAUCCCGGUUUGCACCAAUUAUGUUCUAGGUGUAUCUGCACUAACAUGUGCUUUUGGGUUUCACCAAAGUGGUAAACAUCUAAGACCUGCAUCACUUCAGGACUUCCUCUCACAUUAAGCCGACAUACUGUGAUAUGGUUAAAAGCAGCGUUUAACACAAACUCCUGAAAAGGGAAAGACAGCAUGUAAAGUUGAGGAUGUCACCUAGAGACAAUCAAUAGCUGUAUGUCUGCUUUAUUGUUUAUAUAUUUGAUAGCGCAUCAUUUAGCAUUGUUGAUAGAAGAUUCACCUGUAACCCUAUGUUUCUGACAACAAUCAUUACAAGCAGAGGCUCUGGUAUCUCAUGUCAUGGUAUGACCGUCGUGUUGCAGAAUAAGCCCAUCAUCGCACACUAGCCAACCCACUUUGUUUUGCUAGAUGUGAACCCCCCCCCCUUCACUGUCAGUUUUUCAUUUACCACCACCCCUUACCCCCAUAAUAAAUGACCAGUCCCUUAGUACCAGUGUCUGAACCAUCUGGCAUACUGUGUAUCGUGUAGUUGAGUUGUAUGUCAUGGUGACCUGUUGAAUUGUUUCAGCCUGGUAAAUAAGUCACAGAACUUAUACCUACUGGUACUUUUAGUGUCAGAAGCGACGGUUAGCUGUUGUUGCUUGUUUGUUGUCAGAUUGCCUUACAAACAUGUCAGACUUCUUCCAAAGAUAGUUCUUACUUAAUGCCCGUGGACCAUCCUUCUUUAUCCAGAGUGUUAUGUUUCUAUUUUGUUCAUACAUACCCUGGACCCAUUCACCACCUUAGCUUCGUUAGGGAAAAUAUCUUUCUUGUCUCUUACUAUCUCUCCUGAACUUACGAUCAACAACAAAUCAAAAGGAAACUCCUAAAUGCUAGUUCUGCCAACAUCCAACUUAAAAAUUGAAGCCUCGUACAAACAAGCCCGCAGUGUAUUGUAUGUAAACUGUUAUAAAUGAACUUUCACCUGGACAGGAUGUUUCCAAAGUAUUACAACGGGGAAGGCAGUCCUUAUGCCACAAGGUGUUCCAAGUUGUAUUUGAGAUUGUACACAACAAUUCAAGUCAAGAACUGGUGAUAUAGAAGAACAGUGUAAUUUGAUUGGCAAAACGAAGCUAUGUUGGUGAAUAUGUCCAGAGUAUGUAUCAUAGUCGAAUGGACAAUCAAGGAAUUGCCUGUACAAGUGAUAUUACUUUUAGCUCAGGACAGAUCAUUGUGCCCCAAAAUGUCUGCAAGACCAGUUGAUGAGAAGAAGGUGAUAUUUGUGCCACACUGCUGAAUCAGCCUGACCCAGCAUCACAAUCUCCCUAAUACAAUCAGCUUGGAAUAUGA